AAUAGCAAAGGACCCAAGCAUGCUUCUUAUAUUUGCUAUGCUCUUCUUCUACACUUUCAGUCUCCUUUCUGCAAUUAGAUCGGUCAUAGAUCCACCCGACUUUUGCAUUUAUUUCAUCUUUGGAGCCUCACCAACUCAACUCCUCUCCAUCCCUCCCUAUAUUAUAAAUCCCCAUCCCAAAAUUCACCAAAAACACAUACAAUAAUUUCUCCCAAUCAUUUUCUCCUCAAAAAACCCCAAAAAAAAGAAGAAAGAAAAUGCAGUCCAUGUUAAACCUCCAUGGCAGUUUUGGCCUUCCUCUCUGUGUUUCAGGGAUAACCCAUCACCAUCUCACCUUUUCUAAGGAGAUGGUAGAUCAUGAUCGCAGGAGGGAAGCCAUGAGAAGGAAGAGAUCACAAGCUAGGGCAGCUCUGCAUGCAAAUCAAGAAGUGGGUUUUGAAGUUAGAAGUGAAAGAGUUGCAGAAGAAGAGAUCAAGUUUGAUGAUGAUGAUGGAGAUCUAGCUACAGCACUACAUGAUCUGCGUUGCAGUUAUUUGGCUUGUACUGCAAAAGCUGCAUAAGCUUAUUAGCUUAGCUUAAGUUAGCUUAUUAAAUUUAAUCUUAAUUAAUUUAUGUGUUUUAUGAACCUACUUAAUUUGGAUUAUGAAUUAAUGUUUAAUGAUGUAUGAAGGAUUUGAUGAAAUUUUUUAACAUAUAUUUGGAGUUCUA